CGAGGGGAAAUGAGCAUAGUCCAGAAGAGACUUCCAUCAAGGAUCGAUAAGUGAGAAUACACUUACACAUAAUGUUGAGCAGAGAGUCUAGUCUUCAUGUCUUGGACUCUUCGAGGAGUCUCUCCUUCCUCCUCCACCGACCUUCAAUCCUCCUUAACCGCAACCACAACGUUCCCGUUGCAUUUGGACGGCAGCGGAACCUCGGGUUUCGGGGGAUAAGGGCCAGCUCGUCGCCCGGGUCUAAUGCUAGGAAAGAGAAAGAGAAAACAACCGGAAAAACCGUCAAAGUUAAAGGAUUCAUUACAGCGAAAGAAGGGCUCCUCGAGGGCUUUAGCUUAUCAAGAUCGAUCGAUGACAUCACAGAUCUCCGGGGAAGAUCUCUUCUCGUGGAACUCGUUAGCUCUGAGACAGAACCUGGAACCGGGUUUGCGAAAGAGAAUGUGAAAGACUACGCGCAGCGAGUAUGGUCUGAGCUGAGAGAAGAGAAGUAUGAAUGCGUGUUCGACUUUCCUGAAGAUUUCGGACCAGUUGGAGCCAUUCUUGUCCAAAACCAACACCGCAGAGAGAUCUUCUUGAGAGAAGUGGUUCUUGAAUUGCCGACUGGUCCGGUUACUUUCACCUGCAACUCAUGGGUCUGCUCCAAGUUCGACGACCCGACUAAGAGAGUCUUCUUCUCUAACAAGUCUUACUUGCCUUCACAAACUCCCGAGCCUCUCAAAAACCUUCGAAAAUCCGAGCUCGAGAAUCUGCAGGGCGUUAACCGUCAAGAAGAAGGCGAGUUCAAGGUGUUUGAGCGUAUAUACGAUUACGACGUAUACAAUGACCUCGGGGACCCCGACGAGAAGCCUGACAAUGAACGUCCUGUCUUGGGAGGCAACCAGUUUCUGCCUUACCCGAGGCGUUGCAAGACAGGCCGAAAACGCUGUGAAUCUGACCGAAACACGGAAAAACGUUACGGGAGUUUCUAUGUCCCGAGGGAUGAGGAGUUCCGUCCCGUUAAGGAGGCUGCCUUCGCCGGAAACGCAGUCUUGGCGGUUCUUCCUUCGAUUUUCCCCCAGAUCGAAUCAGCUCUGGUCGAUCCUGACAUGGAGUUCCCUCAUUUCAAGGCCAUAGACGAUCUUUUCGACGAAGGAAUCGAGCUCCCGAAGAACGAAGGCCUUCUCUCUUUCAUUCCAAACCUUAUCAAAGUUGUCGCUGAAGCUACCGAUGAUGUUCUUCAGUUCACCGCCCCUGUUCUCGUUGAUAGGGAUAGGUUUUCAUGGAUCAGAGACGAAGAAUUCGCCCGCCAAACACUUGCAGGGCUUAAUCCUUACUGCAUACAGCUAGUGAAAGAGUGGCCAUUGACGAGCAAACUAGACCCCGAGGAGUAUGGUCCACCCGAAUCGUUGAUCACCUCAGAACUUGUGGAGAAAGAAAUCAAAGGAUUCAUGACAUUUCAAGAGGCUCUGGAGAACAACAGGCUGUUCAUAUUGGAUUAUCAUGAUCUGUUCUUGCCAUUUGUCCACCAAGUGAGGCAAAUCGAGGGCACGACCCUAUACGGUUCUCGUACAUUGUUCUUCCUCAACGACGACAGCACUUUAAGGCCCAUCGCCAUCGAGCUGACCCGCCCCAAAGAUGUCAAUAGGCCACAGUGGAAGCAAGUGUUCACCCCGGGAUACGAUGCCACCUCGUGCUGGCUAUGGAGACUGGCUAAGGCUCAUGUCUGCGCCCACGAUGCCGGUUAUCACCAGCUCAUUGUCCAUUGGCUUAGAACUCACUGUUGUAUGGAGCCUUACAUUAUAGCGGCGAACAGGAAGCUAAGUGCUAUGCAUCCAAUCUACCGGCUUUUGUGCCCUCACUUCCGAUACACGAUGGAAAUCAACGCUCGUGCGCGUCAAAGCCUCAUCAAUGCCAAUGGAAUCAUCGAGACAUCGUUUUGGCCCGGAAAGUAUUCCAUGGAGAUUAGCUCGAUUGUUUACGGUAAGCUAUGGAGAUUUGACAUGGAGAGCUUACCUGGAGACCUCAUCAGAAGGGGGCUGGCUGUUGAGGAUGAAACCGCGGAACACGGGCUGCGCCUAGCGAUACAAGAUUACCCUUUCGCAAACGACGGUCUAAUCCUGUGGGACGCGAUAAAGGAAUGGGUGACAGAGUAUGUGAACCAUUACUAUCCGGACGCGGCCACGAUUCAGUCAGACGAAGAGCUCCAAGGAUGGUGGAGUGAAGUAAGAGAAGUAGGGCAUGGGGACAAGAAGGAUGAGCCGUGGUGGCCUGUCCUAAAGACACAAGACGACUUGAUCAACGUCGUGACAACGAUCGCAUGGGUGGGUUCUGGCCACCACGCGGCUGUGAACUUCGGACAGUACGGAUACGGAGGGUAUUUCCCGAACAGACCGACGACGGCAAGGAGAAAGAUUCCGACAGAGGAGCCGACAGAAGAAGAGUUCAAGGAGUUCAUAGAAGAUCCAGAGAAACUGCUUCUGAAAACGUACCCUUCGCAGAAGCAAGCCACUCAAGUGAUGGUCACUCUGGAUCUUCUGUCGAGCCAUUCGCCGGACGAGGAGUACAUCGGAGAGAUCGUAGAGCCGGCUUGGGAAGAGGAGCCGGUGAUCUACGCGGCGUUCGAGAGAUUCAAAGGGAGAUUGCAGUAUCUGGAGGGAGUGAUCGAUGAAAGGAACGUGAAUCUGAAUCUGAAGAACAGGGCUGGAGCAGGUGUUGUCAAGUAUGAGCUCUUGAAGCCAACCUCUGAUCCUGGAGUUACGGGAAAAGGUGUCCCUUACAGCAUCUCCAUCUGAUAUCGAUCGGCUCUCUUUUGUCUUCGGUUUCUUGUUCUCCACGUCACGUGUGAUCCAAUAAACCCUACUUUGCUAUGCCGCUAAAGAUAUAUGUGCAUGGCGCCAAAUAAAAUAAAAGGAAGAGAAUAUAUCGAUAUUUUUGAAAUUUCUCGAGUUAUA